AUGCCGCCUGGUGCUCAGCCCGGCGGCAAGCGCCCAUCACUCGGGCACGGAGGCACCGGGGCGGGCUUGUGCAAGCGCACCGCAAGGCACAGCCACCGCGGAGCCCUGGGGCUGGCCGUAAACCCCCACCCAUCGCCCGGCGGGAGGGCUCUGUGCCUUGUCCGCGGGCAGCUGGGCUGGUUCGGUCUGACGGUCGCCUGCGUGGUGCCCCGCUACGUGGCUCAGCUCCUCAGCAUCCUCUGGUUCAGGGCGGAUGGCCGCCCGCCCGGCUGCUGCCUCCUGGUGCUCCACCUCCUGCAGCUGGGCCUCUGGAAGCGGUACUGGGAUGUUCCGUGGAUGGUGAAGACAGGCAGCAGUGCUGGUGCUGGGGAGGUGCUGAUGCAGCACGGGGAUGUGUGUGUGCUGCAGCUCCUGAAAGCCCUGCUGCAGACCCUGCCCCACCUCCUGCUGCAGGCAUACGUUGUUGUGGCAGUCGACCCAGCGGGCUUCAUCCCUGGUGUCAGCGCAGAGCUGUCCCUGCUCCGCCUCGCCUGGGCUUUGGUCUCCUACAGCCGUUUCACCUGCCUGCUCAAACCCAGUCACCUCUGCCCACUGGCCGCAGCCAUCCUCUGCCUGCUGCUCUGGAGGACAGGGAUGCUGGGGACCAGGGUCUUGGUCUUGGCCCUGGUGCUCUUUGCCAGGCUCUAUUUUUGGGUUUUUGCUGUGGCCGGUGUCCACUGAUUGCUGGUGUCCAUCUGGCUGGUGGCCCAGCAGACAGACAUCGUGGCCCAGUCCUGCUGCCGGGGGUUGUUCAAUUGCCUGGUGGGAGCCGUGUACAUAUUCUGCUACAUUAAUGUCCGGCCCGGCCCCUCCAAGCACAGGGUGGCUGUGUUUUAUGCAGUAAUGCUGAUGGAAAACCUCCUGCUGCUGCUGACCACUCGGUUCCUGCAGGCAGAGCUGAGGAACAGCCUGUGUGUGACUGGAGCUGUCAUGUCAGGGUCUGUAAUAGGUGCCGCAGCCCUGGUGGUGUAUUACAGCCUGCUCCAUCCCAAAUCCGCAGAGAUCCACCAGGGCUUCCUGGAGACAACCUGCAGUGCUGCAGCUGCCAGUGAUGAGGAGGUUGCUGGAGACAGCUCCCAGGAUGGGCAGAGCUUGGGAAUUUCUGGAGAUGGAGAGUCCUUGGGAGGGACAAGGACCAGGGUAGAUCCCCAGAAUGGGAACGGCUCAUCGCUCCUGCAAGUCAGAGGGUGUUUGGAGGGCAGCUGGACAAACCAUCACCACUGGCUGCUGGUAAAGCUGGCCUUGAAGACAGGAGAUACGUCCAUGAUCAAUACAGCUUUUGGAGACGGUGGCAUGGGAGAGGUUUAUCCUGGCACAUGGAUGAUGGGGAAACCUGCCAGUGUUGAGCCUGAAGCAAACCUUUCCUUCCCCGCAAGGGAAAUCGGUCCUGGGGGUGUUGAAUGGGAUCUGAGUGAUGGGAAAUCACAGGCAGUGGGGAAUGGAGGUGGCAGCAAACCCACCACCAGCACUGUGAGAACAGCACAGGAGGAUGGAGCAGGGCAGGAGCCUGAUUUUCCCCCAGCCAUAUCCUUUCCCAGCAGCUUCUCCUUGCAUCUGACCAAGGGCUCUUCCUUGUAUUACAGUGCAAGUGCAGGAGGCAUCACAUCACCCAGUUAGGGGACAGUCCCAGCUACAAGCAUGGCCCUGGUGCAAAGGGACAGCAAAGCCCAGCCUCCUCCAGGCUGCCUGGGAGAAGGAGGACAUGGAGAGGAUUUAUCCCUUGAGAUGGUGACCAUCAGCCCAAUCCUGGGCACUUGUGCCCACAAGGAUCUGCAGCACAGCUCUACCCUCAGCAGCACAGGUGGCUGUGGGGUGGUGGGUAGUCCCAAAGAGUGUCAUUGCCUUUGGGACACCCAUUGUGGCACACAGGGGACUGUUGCAAAGAGCAAGCUGAGGCCACGCUUCACUUCCACCCCCAAGGCUGACCCUGGAUGCCCACAGUGAGGGCUGGAGGAGAUGGGAGAGGGGAUGAACCGGUCUGGGUUGCUGGAGUGA